AAAUUGGAACCCUAACCACAGCGGCAGCAGGGGGCGGCGGCGCUCCUGCAUAGGCGCAUCCGGCUUGGCGUCAAGACGACGUCCUCGCACCUCUGUCCUCAGCGCUCCGCUUUUGCAGCAGGCCGAACUUGGCAGUGUUGAAGGCGGCACCAGGCGAGCGGCGUCGUCUCCCCUCUUAUCCGGUGCUCCUCUAGCAACUGAGCGCGGGGGUCAUCGAGCCACAUCGAACACCAACAAGCGACAUAAGAGACAGUUUAAUCUGGGUUCUGAAGCAAUGAGUACCUGCAAAAAGGCGACGACGGAAGCUAUAUCUGUUCCAGACAGACUGAGCAGUCUACCUCCAGAGUUAAAGGGAAACAUUCUCUGCCGUUUGAAUGUCACAGAAGCAGUUAGGACUAGCACAUUAUCAAGUACUUGGAAGAAUGUAUGGGCUGAUAUGCCAAAAAUAUCUCUGCGCGAUGGGAAUUUUACACGAACCAAGUUCGUUACGUUGGUUGGUAUGGUGUUAUCACUCCACAAGGGAACAGUAGAGCAGUUUGAUAUUUCAGGUAACAAAAGUUAUCAUGAUGAGUUUGCUAGGUGGAUUCUCAUUUUGUCAAGGAAAUCACCAAGAUCAAUUACAAUCGAGUUGAACCAAGGGCCAAGGUAUAGGAUUCCGUCGUGCCUAUUUUUUAUCAGCAAUCUGAAGUCUCUACACCUAGAAAACUGCACCAUCAGCUUGCCCCCGUUAUUCCAUGGUUUCAAGAGCCUAACUGACCUAUGCCUGAAAUAUUUCUCCUCCACGGACAUGGAUAUCCAAAAUCUGAUCUCGUUCUGUCCCAUAUUGACGGAUUUGAUAUUAAUAUCUUUUAAGGGCAUCCACUCUCUAAAUAUUCAAGCUCCUACACUGAAAUAUCUAGUUGUUGACGGGGACUUUAAAUAUAUUAAUCUGGAUGCCCCUAAUCUGGAAUGGGCCUUUCUCUCUCUUCGUCACAAAGCUAAAGCAUAUCAAUCUGUUUCAAUUGCACAUGACAAGGAAAGCUAUGUCAAACAGUCAUUGGGAAGCUUAAGUGACAUCAAAACACUUCUAAUUGACCACUUUUUCCUGAGGUAUCUAUCAAAAGGGUGCAUACUUAGGAAGCUGCCUGUCGUGUUUAGUUGCCUGGAGUACAUUCUUCUUCAGAUAUGCUUUUGGGAUCAGAGGCAAGUCUUGACAGCUUGUUCAUUAUUUAAGAAUGCCCCUAACUUAAAGGAGCUUGACAUAUCGAGUGUAACCUUCAAAUCGGAUCGCCCAAUCACAUGGGAUCAGGAUCAGGCGAGCAUUCAAGAGCUUAACCUUCAAAUGCAAAUGGACCAUCUGGUAACGGUGAGUGUGAACUGUUUUGGGGGUUUGGAGUGCGAAGUCAAUUUCGUGGGAAAGCUACUGAGCUGGGCACCAGCUUUGGAAGAACUGCAGAUAGAAUGGAAGGGCGGAAAGGACUGCAGCAUGGUUCAUGCCAAGCUAUUAGCUCUGCCGAGGGUGUCUCCCAGGGCCAAGGUCAUUGUUACAUUUUGAUAAGCAUGCUCCCUCAUCUCUUUGCUGAUGUAAUUUGCUGCCGAGUAGGACUAUUUUGGCUUUGUUCAUGACAAUGUACCAGCUACGACUAGCUGGUAGUUAUAUGUGUGCAUCUAAUGCAAAUCAUCAGGUAGAGGUAGUGUCUGUUAUCAAAGACAUUCUGUGGGAAUAUUUAAUGUCCCACCAACAUGUGAUUUCCAUAUGAAACAGUUCUUUUUGCGA